GAAUAUUCGGAUAAGUUUCUCGGUUUAGCGAAAGCAGUCAUCUUCUUAUAUCAAACAACAAAACUCCAUCUUCAUCUUCCUCAAUCCAUCCACUCUGCUCCCAAAAAUCCUAUCUUGUGUGGCUGGAAUCCGUUCUUGAUCAUUCAUGGCGCCAAAUUACUCCAUUAAUUGAAAUCUCUCUCUCCAUCUCUAGCAGAGACACUCUUCUAUAUAUCAACAAUGCAAAACCCUUCAACGGUUACACAGGAAUCAGCAGCAUCCACCUUUGAUUUCUUCACACGGCUUAGCGGUUUAGCCUCAAGAAAUCGAUCUCCGUGUUCGAAUUCGGAUGGGUAUGCUUUCUCAACGCCCAAUGCCCUGUUCUUCAAUGGUUCCCGGACUUUACCCGCUCAAAGGACGCGAAAAGCCCUAGCGUCCCUGAGCUUGAACACUAGGAGCAGUGCCUGUUCGAGCCUUCGUAGGUUUAUCGGCGAUUUCAACAGCUUUAUUAAGUUUCACUGCGAGAAGGUGGUUCCUGAGAGCUUCGCCUCCGUCGGAGGAAUAGGGGUUUCGAGCGACGAGAACGGGGUUAGGGAAGAUGGGACUUGUGGGGUUUUGGGGGAGGAGGGUUUGCCAUUGAAUGGCGUCGAAGCUGAUCGGCCCAAGAAAGUGUUGAUUUUGAUGAGUGAUACUGGUGGUGGUCACAGAGCUUCUGCGGAAGCCAUUAAAGCUGCAUUUAACGAGGAGUUUGGGGAUGAGUACCAGGUGUUUAUUACGGAUUUGUGGACAGAUCAUACGCCCUGGCCUUUCAACCAGCUUCCCAGGAGCUAUAAUUUUCUUGUGAAACAUGGAACUCUAUGGAAAAUGACUUACUAUGGUACGGCUCCACGCGUUAUUCACCAAUCUAAUUUUGCAGCAACUUCGACUUUUAUUGCCAGGGAAAUCGCCCAAGGGUUGAUGAAAUAUCAACCAGACAUUAUAAUCAGUGUUCACCCAUUGAUGCAACAUGUCCCACUUCGUGUCCUAAGAUCAAAGGGGUUGCUUAAGAAAAUCGUCUUCACCACUGUUAUUACAGACUUGAGCACUUGCCAUCCAACAUGGUUUCAUAAGCUUGUGACAAGAUGUUAUUGCCCAUCAACGGAAGUGGCUAAAAGGGCGCAAAAAGCUGGACUUGAAACAUCACAAGUCAAAGUUUACGGGCUUCCUGUUCGACCUUCCUUUGUAAAACCAGUUCGCCCAAAGGUUGAAUUAAGAAGAGAACUAGGGAUGGAUGAGAAUCUUCCAGCUGUAUUGUUAAUGGGCGGAGGAGAAGGAAUGGGUCCCAUCGAGGCAACAGCAAGAGCACUUGGAGAUGCUUUGUAUGAUGAGAGUCUUGGUGAAGCAGUUGGUCAGGUUCUUAUUAUCUGUGGACGGAACAAGAAACUCCAAAACACAUUAAGUUCCAUAGAUUGGAAAGUACCAGUCCAGGUUAAGGGGUUCGUAACGAAAAUGGAGGAGUGUAUGGGUGCCUGUGACUGCAUCAUAACAAAGGCUGGUCCAGGAACAAUAGCUGAAGCGAUGAUAAGAGGGCUACCGAUAAUCUUAAACGGCUACAUCGCUGGUCAAGAGGCGGGGAAUGUGCCGUACGUGGUGGAGAACGGAUGUGGGAAAUUCUCGAAAUCACCAAAAGAGAUAUCCAAGAUUGUAGCGAAUUGGUUCGGACCGGGAUCGAAACAGUUGGAGAUAAUGUCACAGAAUGCAUUGAGGCUGGCUAGACCAGAAGCAGUGUUCAAGAUAGUCAGAGAUAUGCACGAGCUUGUCCGACAGAGAAAUUGUCUUCCUCAGCUCUCUUGCACUGCCUCCUAAUACUAUGCUGUUGUAACUUGUAUAACUCCAUUCAUUCAAAUCAAAAAUCUUCUUUUCUUUUUGUUCUAGACAAGAGUGUAACGAUAUAUCAUAGUAUUUUUUUUUUUUUUUGCCCUUAAUGCAAAUGCUUAAGGCCGAUUACUCACUUUUGAAUAAUGAUAAUUUUGAAAUUAAAUUCCCAA